GAAGCACGUGAAAAGUAAUAAAAGGACAGAAAUAAAGGAAUACACUAGGGAUUGCUUAGAAUUAUGAUCCUUACCAAAAGGGAUGAAUGUUCACGUUUAACUGAACUUCUUGAGGAAAAGAGUAAAUCUUUGGAAUUGAUUAUGUCCAAGCAUCAGGAGCUUAAGGCACAACGUGAAGCUGUUACUCGGAGGGCAGAAACUAAAAUAUUGGUUGACCGAUGGUGGCUGCAGAAGAUGCAGGAUGCUGAGCGCCUUAACGAGUCUAAUGCUCUCUAUGAAAAUAUGCUUGAUAAGUUCAAGAUCGCCAGUAUAAAGAAACUUCCUCGUCCACAAGUGGACGGUGUGGUCCCCCAAAGUGAAGAUGCUGCAGAAGCUUACUUUGAGUCUUCCAUUCCUAGUACAUGCUGGCAAAGGAUCCCCGCCCAUGAUGGUGGAUGUACCUCGAUUCUUUUUGAUUAUAAGUCCAGUAAAUUGAUAAGCGGUGGGCAGGAUCGGGAAGUUAAAAUUUGGGAUACUAGAAGUGGAACAUUAAGUAACAUUCUUUAUGGUUGUCAGGGUUCGGUCCUUGAUCUUUCCAUUACACAUGAUAACAUCAUAGCAGCAAGUAGUUCAAAUGCCUUGUAUGUGUGGAAUGCAAAUUCAGGCAGGAUAGACCAUAUUCUUAAUGGGCACAGCAACAAGGUUUGUGCAGUUGAUGUGAGCAGACCUUCAAGUCGCUAUGUGGUGAGUGCUGCAUAUGAUCGCACAAUAAAAGUUUGGGAUCUGCAGACGGGUUACUGUAACAACACUAUCAUAUUUCACAGUAACUGUAACAGCCUUUCGUUAAGCACGGAUGGACUGACUCUCUGUUCCGGUCAUGUUAAUGGUAAUCUUAGAUUAUGGGAUGUUAAAACAGGCAAGCUUCUGAGUGAAGUUGCUGCACAUUCAAAGGCUGUUACAUCAGUUUCACUCUCUCGGAAUGGAAACAUGAUAUUAACCAGUGGGAGAGACAACUUGCACAAUCUAUUCGAUAUACGCACCCUUGAAAUUUGUAGCACUUUCAAAUCAAAUGCAAAUCGAGUUGGAUCUGAUUGGAGCCGAUCCUGUAUUAGUGCUGAUGACGGUUAUGUUACUGCAGGUUCUGUUGAUGGAUCUGUUCAUAUUUGGUCAAUAUCAAACGGUAAAAUGGUAAGAACAUUGAAAGAACACACAUCCUCUGUACUUAGUUGUUCAUGGGGUGGUUUUGGUGAUCCUUUGGCCACCUCAGAUAAGAGUGGAACCAUAUGUAUUUGGUCAUGAUAUCAGUUCAAAGAUUGCUCAGUAAUUGAGAUUUCAGUGAGGAUCACGAGUGUCAUUGUUGAUUUUAGUUUUCUUAAAGCACAAAGUUGGUCAUCAUAGUGAUUGUGAAGCCAUAAAUGAGCAUCGUCCAUAUAUAAACGUCAUGCCAAAAGGGGCUGACAUUGUAAUAUUAAGCUUUUAAGCUGAUUUUUUUAGA